AUGUUUCUUGUUUUCUACAUCACAAUUAAUGCUUACACAUCAUUUGCUUCUAAGCCACUAGACAUUGAAAUCAAAUGUGGAUCAUGUCCUUGUGGAAAUCCAUGUGGUGAACAACUUUCACCGCCGGAACCUCCUCCUACACCACCACCAGAAUCACUACCGCUUCCUGAGUCCUCACCACUGAAUCGUAAUCCACCACCACCUCCACCGCUUCCAUCAUCUCCUUCUCCUCCUCCUCCAUCUCCACCGAAGUCACGACCACCACCAACACCGCCUCCACCGAGGUUCAUAUAUGUAUCGGGCGAGCCUACGGAAGUAUACUAUUAUUACUCUGCUGCUAAAAACAGAGUUGUAGGGUUGUUGGCUUUGGCUUGUUUGGGAGCAAUGUCAAUCACUAUUAUAUUUGGGUGA